AUGGUCAAUAUUUCCGAUUUUUUUGGUAAAAAUAAGAAGCCUGCAAGGUCCUCUAGACCUAUAGGGAAAGCAAGAGCAUCCAAACCAGAGGUUAUUGACCUAGAUGAAGAGUCUGAUAAAGAACCGAGUCACGAAACACCUAAAAAAGCCCUUGCAAAUAAGAUAAUUGAUAUAUCAGAGACUCCUGAAUCAGAUAAAAAACUACCUAUUCCCUCAAUAAAAAAGGCACCUUCGCUAGUUACAAAGCCACCAAGUGUAAAAAAGAAGCAGGCUUUUGCUAAAACUUCAGAUAGCAAUACAGACGUUACAGCCCAAGACGUACUGGACAAGAUCCCUUCACUGGAUUUAUCAAGUGUUCAUGUUAAAGAGAAUGUCAAGUUUGAUUUCAAAAAUGCAGGAACAAAUGUGGACUCAGAUGCUAUUGCUUCUGAGGUAAGCGAUUUUCCUGAAGGACAGCCAAAUUGUUUAUUAGGCCUCACCAUUGUUUUUACAGGUGUAUUACCCACUUUAGAACGUGGUGCGUCUGAAGCGCUAGCGAAAAGAUAUGGUGCAAGAGUUACUAAAUCAAUUUCAAGUAAAACAUCAGUAGUAGUGUUAGGUGAUGAAGCAGGACCCAAAAAAUUAGAAAAAAUCAAGCAGCUGAAAGUUAAAGCCAUAGACGAGGAAGGCUUCAAACAGUUAAUUGCAGGAAUGCCCGCUGAUGGUGGUGACGGCGAAGCUGCUGAAAAGGCUCGUCAAAAAUUAGAAGAACAACAUCAUGCUGCAGCCAAAGAAGCGCAGUUACUGGUCAAAAAGGAAGAAGAAAGAGCUAAAAAACUGGCCGCUUCUAGAGUAACUGGUGGCCACGUUAAGAAAGAUGAUAUGAUUAGGGAAGAGGAUAAGUUGUGGACCGUGAAGUAUGCUCCAACAAAUUUGCAGCAGGUUUGUGGUAACAGAGGAAGUGUGACCAAAUUGACAAACUGGUUGGCCAAUUGGGAAAAUUCAAAGAAGAGUGGAUUUAAAAACGCUGGUAGGGACGGUUCUGGCGUUUUCAGGGCAGCGAUGAUCUACGGUCCGCCUGGUAUCGGGAAGACCACUGCUGCUCAUUUGAUUGCAAAAGAACUCGGAUAUGAUAUCCUCGAGCAGAACGCGUCUGAUGUUCGUUCUAAGACUUUGCUUAACGCCGGUGUUAAGAACGCACUCGACAAUAUGUCCGUCAUAGGUUAUUUCAAACACAACGCAGAACCUCAGAAUUUGAACGGGAAGCAUUUCGUAAUAAUCAUGGAUGAAGUUGACGGUAUGAGUGGCGGUGAUAGAGGUGGGGUUGGUCAACUGGCGCAGUUUUGUCGUAAGACGUCAACGCCGUUGAUUCUCAUUUGCAAUGAACGUAAUCUACCAAAAAUGAGACCUUUUGAUAGAGUCUGUCUGGAUAUUCAAUUCAGAAGACCUGAUGCCAACAGUAUCAAAUCAAGAUUAAUGACAAUUGCCAUCAGAGAGAAGUUUAAAUUGGAUCCAAAUGUCAUUGAUAGACUUAUACAAACUACGAGAGGUGAUAUUCGUCAAGUUAUCAAUCUCCUUUCAACGAUAUCAACGACUACUAAAAGUAUCGACCAUGAAAAUAUUAACGAGAUCUCAAAGGCAUGGGAAAAAAAUAUUGCUCUAAAGCCUUUUGAUAUCGCGCAUAAAAUGUUGGAUGGGCAGAUAUAUUCAGAAGUAGGUUCCAGAAACUUCACUUUGAAUGAUAAAAUUGCGCUGUAUUUUGAUGACUUUGAUUUUACGCCCUUGAUGAUUCAAGAAAAUUAUUUAUCUACAAGACCGAGCGUUUUGAAACCUGGCCAGACACACUUACAAGCUGUUGCUGAAGCGGCUGAUUGCAUUUCAUUAGGUGAUAUGGUGGAAAGGAAAAUCCGUAGUAGCGAGCAAUUAUGGAGUCUAUUGCCAUUGCAUGCUGUCCUUUCAUCUGUCUAUCCUGCAUCAAAGGUUGCUGGCCAUAUGGCAGGAAGAAUUAAUUUUACUUCUUGGUUAGGCCARAAUUCUAAAUCUAGUAAAUAUUAUAGAUUGCUGCAAGAAAUACACUAUCACACAAGACUAAGCACAUCUACUGAUAAAAUUGGGUUAAGGCUGGAUUAUUUACCAACUUUCAGAAAGAGGCUACUGGACCCAUUUUUAAAGCAAGGCCCGGAUGCAAUUUCAUCCAUCAUUGAAGUGAUGGAUGAUUAUUACUUAACUAAGGAAGAUUGGGAUUCUAUUAUGGAAUUUUUUGUCGGACCUGACGUGACCGCUGCAGUCAUUAAAAAGAUACCAGCGGCAGUUAAAAGUGGAUUUACACGAAAAUACAAUAGCAUGACACAUCCAGUUGCAAUUUAUAGGACAGGUGCAACAAUCGGUAGUGGCGGUGCUACUGCCAGCAAUAGUACCCCUGAUUUUGAAGAUGUGGUUGAUGCAGAUGACAAACCAGUUCCCGCAGACGAUGAAGAGGCUCAGGAUAGUGGUACGGACUUGAAGAAGGAUAAACUUAUCAAACAGAAAGCCAAGCCUACUAAGAGGAAGGCCGCUACCAGUAAAGCAAGUGCUGCCAAAAAAAGGAAAACUAAAGCCUGA